CCUUGACAGCACCUUGUGGACCAGCAUCACCAGCUGAGCAAAGGCCUUGAACCUUCAUCGGAAGCCCGGUGUAGCCUGCUGAUUUCCGUGAUGAGCUCACCAGUGCAGCCUGAUGGGGUGGCUGGACGCGAGCAGCUCUUGGCUCAGCAGAGAAUGCACAGUAUGAUCAGCUCAGUGGAUGUGAAGUCAGAGGUCCCUGUGGGCUUGGAGCCCAUCUCGCCUUUAGACCUCCGGACUGACCUCAGGAUGAUGAUGCCUGCGGUGGACCCUGUGGUCCGUGAAAAGCAACUGCAGCAGGAGCUGCUUCUCAUUCAGCAGCAGCAACAGAUACAGAAGCAGCUCCUGAUAGCAGAGUUUCAGAAACAGCACGAGAACUUGACACGGCAGCACCAGGCUCAGCUUCAAGAGCACAUCAAGUUGCAACAGGAACUUCUAGCCAUAAAACAGCAGCAAGAACGCCUAGAAAAGCAGCAGAAACUGGAGCAGCAGAAGCAAGAACAGGAAGUCGAGAGGCAUCGGCGCGAACAGCAGCUUCCUCCUCUCAGAGGCAAAGACAGAGGACGAGAAAGUAAGAGGCACCAGGGUAAAGGACAGAGCCCCUUCCCUCAUCGUUACUGCUCUAAGUCGUUCACAAAGAAGCCUGCAUUAGACCUGUCAGAGUGUCUGUGUUUAAUUGGCAGACCAAAGAGCACAUUCUACACCUCAUGGGCUGCCCACCACACAUCAUUGGAUCAAAGCUCUCCACCCUUGAGUGGAACAUCUCCGUCCUACAAAUAUGCUUUACCAGGAGCCCAAGAUGCGAAGGAUGAUUUCCCACUUCGAAAAACUGCCUCUGAGCCCAACUUGAAGGUGCGGUCCAGGUUAAAGCAGAAAGUUGCAGAGAGGAGAAGCAGCCCCUUACUCAGGCGGAAGGAUGGAAAUGUUGUCACUUCAUUCAAGAAGCGAAUGUUUGAGGUGACAGAAUCCUCAGUUAGUAGCAGUUCUCCAGGGUCUGGUCCCAGUUCACCAAACAAUGGGCCAACCGGAAAUGUCACUGAAAAUGAGACCACAGUUUUACCACCUACUCCUCAUGCUGAGCAGAUGGUUUCACAGCAGCGCAUUCUAAUUCACGAAGAUUCCAUGAACCUGUUAAGUCUUUAUACCUCUCCCUCUUUGCCGAACAUCACCUUGGGACUUCCAGCAGUGUCCUCCCAGCUCAGUGCUUCGAAUCCACUCAAAGAAAAACAGAAGUGUGAGACGCAGAGCCUCAGGCAAAGUGUUCCUUUGCCAGGGCAGUACGGGGGCAGCCUCCCGGCAGCCUCAGGCCACCCCCACAUUGCGUUAGAGGGAAAGCCCAACAGCAGCCACCAAGCCCUCCUGCAGCACCUACUGCUGAAAGAGCACAUGCGGCAGCAGAAGCUUCUUGUCGCAGGUGGGGUUCCCUUACAUCCACAGUCUCCCUUGGCAACAAAGGAGAGAAUUUCCCCUGGCGUUAGAGGUACUCACAAAUUGCCCCGGCACAGACCCCUGAAUCGAACCCAGUCUGCACCUUUGCCGCAGAGCACCUUGGCUCAGCUGGUCAUUCAGCAGCAGCACCAACAGUUCUUGGAGAAACAGAAGCAGUACCAGCAGCAGAUCCACAUGAACAAACUGCUUUCGAAAUCUAUUGAACAACUGAAGCAACCAGGCAGUCACCUGGAGGAAGCAGAGGAAGAGCUUCAAGGGGACCAGGCGAUGCAGGAAGACAGAGCGCCCUCUAGUGGCAACAGCACUAGGAGCGACAGCAUUGCUUGUGUGGAUGACACACUGGGACAAGUUGGGGCUGUGAAGGUCAAGGAGGAACCAGUGGACAGUGACGAAGAUGCUCAGAUCCAGGAAAUGGAAUCUGGGGAGCAGGCUGCUUUUAUGCAACAGCCCCUCCUGGAGCCCCCGCACGCACAUGCGCUCUCCGUGCGCCAAGCUCCGCUGGCUGUGGUGGGCAUGGAUGGAUUAGACAAACACCGCCUUGUCUCCAGGACCCACUCCUCCCCUGCCGCCUCCAUUUUGCCUGGUUCUGCAACUGGAAUUGCCUAUGACCCUCUGAUGCUGAAACACCAGUGCAUCUGUGGCAAUUCCACCACCCACCCCGAGCACGCUGGACGGAUACGGAGCAUCUGGUCACGGCUGCAGGAGACUGGGCUGCUAAAUAAAUGUGAGAGAAUUCAAGGUCGAAAAGCCAGCCUGGAGGAAAUACAGCUUGUUCAUUCUGAACAUCAUUCACUCUUGUAUGGCACCAACCCCCUGGAUGGACAGAAGCUGGACCCCAGGACACUCACAGGUGAUGACUGUCAGAAGUUUUUUUCCUCAUUACCUUGUGGUGGACUUGGGGUGGACAGUGACACCAUUUGGAAUGAGCUGCACUCGUCCGGAGCUGCACGCAUGGCUGUUGGCUGUGUCAUCGAGCUGGCUUCCAAAGUGGCCUCAGGAGAGCUGAAGAAUGGGUUUGCUGUUGUGAGGCCCCCAGGCCAUCACGCUGAAGAAUCUACGGCCAUGGGGUUCUGCUUUUUUAAUUCAGUUGCAAUUACCGCCAAAUACUUGAGAGACCAACUAAAUAUAAGCAAGAUAUUGAUUGUAGAUCUGGAUGUUCACCAUGGAAACGGUACACAGCAGGCCUUUUAUGCUGACCCCAGCAUCCUGUAUAUUUCACUCCAUCGCUAUGAUGAAGGGACCUUUUUCCCCGGCAGUGGAGCCCCAAAUGAGGUAGGAACUGGCCGUGGAGAAGGCUACAACAUCAAUAUUGCCUGGACAGGUGGCCUUGACCCCCCCAUGGGAGAUAUUGAGUACCUCGAAGCCUUCAGGACGGUAGUGGAGCCUGUGGCCAAAGAGUUUGAACCAGACAUGGUCCUAGUUUCCGCUGGAUUCGAUGCAUUAGAAGGCCAUGCCCCUCCUCUGGGGGGAUACAAAGUGACUGCAAAAUGCUUUGGUCACUUGACGAAGCAAUUGAUGACACUGGCUAAUGGACAUGUGGUGUUGGCUUUAGAAGGAGGACAUGAUCUCACAGCCAUCUGUGAUGCGUCAGAAGCCUGUGUAAAUGCCCUUCUAGGAAAUGAGCUGGACCCGAUUCCAGAAGAUGUUCUGCACCAAAGCCCCAGCACGAAUGCCGUGAUGUCUUUACAGAAGACCAUUGAAAUUCAAAGCAAGUACUGGGAGUCAUUGAGAAUGGUGGCUAUGCCAAGGGGCCGUGCUCUGGCUGGGGCUCAGUGGCAAGAGGAGACAGAGACUGUUUCGGCCCUGGCCUCCCUGACUGUGGAUGUGGGACAGCCCGUGGCUCAAGAAGACCGCAGAACUGCUGGUGAGCCUAUGGAAGAAGAGCCAACCUUGUGAAGUGCCAAGCCCCCCUGACAUUUCCUGUGUGUGACAUCAUUGUGUACCCCCACCAACCCCCCACCCCAGCACCCUCAGACAUGCCUUGUCUGCUACCUGGGUGGCACAGAUUCGAUGGAACAUAAACACGGGGCACAGAGUUCUGAACAGCAGCUUCACUUGUUCUUGGGAUGAACUUGAAAGGGCAAUAACGAUUCCCGAAAUGUAACCACUGUGAUUCUAAAGUUACAGUCAACCACGAUUGGAUGAAACCGCUGCCAGCAGGCUUUCAAUAUGUGGAGUGACCCACUCACACUCACAGGCUCCAAGGAUGAGUUAGAAACAUCCAAUACAGUAUUUCAUGCUGUUAAUUAUCAUAGGUACAACAGCCGGCAAAAAUUGGGGCAA